AUGGCCCCAGCACCUAUCGACCCGUCCAUUGUGGAUGUUGCAGAGCCACGGAAAGACAGCCUCGGCCUGCCAAAACCCGCUCUAGAGCGGCUGACUAAGGCCGGCAUCGACCUGUCCAACGGCUAUCCGUACCGGCCAGCACGACCACUGUACCUCGACGACGCCUACAAGAUUCGCGGCAAGGAUUAUCCCUACGUGGACGCUGGCGCCCGCGCAGACAAGUCAAAGAAGCACCUGCUGGGGGCGGCCACCAAGGUGACGGAUCUGACGGUGAACAUCGGGACGGAGAUUGAGGGCCUGCAGCUAAAGGACCUGACGGAUGAGCAGCGAGACGAGCUAGCUCUGCUAAUUGCCGAGCGCAGCGUUGUCUUCUUCCGCAACCAGAACCUGUCGCCACAGGAGCAGAAGAAGCUGGGCGAGCAUUUUGGUCAAAUUGAGGUCCACCCUCAAGUUCCUCAGGUACCCGGCGUGCCCGGCGUAUCGGUCAUCUGGCCAGCACUGCAGGCCACGGAGCGAGAUGCCCACUUCCGCUCGCCGGGCGGAGCCUCACGCUGGCACACGGACCUCGUGCACGAGCACCAGCCGGCGGGCAUCACGCACCUGCACAAUGACACAAUCCCGCCUGUGGGUGGUGACACGCUGUGGGCAAGCGGAUACGGGGCUUACGAGAAGCUCUCGCCAGCGUUCCGGGCUUUCAUCGACGGCCGGACUGCCAUCUACCGGUCGGCACACACAUAUCUGGACCGCGACCACCCCGAACUGGGCCCACAGUAUAUUGAGCGUGAGCAUCCGAUCGUGCGCGUGCACCCGGCCACUGGCUGGAAGGCCCUCUGGGUCAACCGGGCGAUGACGUCGCACAUCGUCGGCCUGGACCGCGCCGAGAGCGACGUUAUUCUCAACUACCUCUACAGCGUGUACGAGGGCAACGUGGACCAGCAGGUGCGCUUCAAGUGGACGCCCGGCACGAGCGCGCUGUGGGACAACCGGAUCACCAUCCACAACGCCAGCUGGGACUACGGCGGCCGUCAUCCACGCCACGGCACACGCGUCACGUCGCUGGCCGAGGUGCCCUUCUUCAAGGCCAACGCGCCAACUCGGCGCGAAGCUCUGGGGCUGCUGGACGCGGCCGAGCUCCGGGAGCGCGAUCUGGUGCGCGAGAUCAAGGACUUUUCGCUGUGA